CCGUCCCAGCGUCCCUCGCGGCGGGGUGAGGGGUCGCGGCGGGCGCGCGCUGAUGGCGGCGGCGGCGGCUUCCUGAGGCGGGCCAGGCGGCAGCAGCGGCCCCGCUCCCACCAUGCACACCUUGGCCACGGCCGCGCCUGUGCCAACAGCGCUGGCUCAGGUUGACCGGGAAAAGAUCUACCAGUGGAUCAAUGAGCUGUCCAGCCCUGAGACGCGGGAGAAUGCGCUGCUGGAGCUGAGCAAGAAGCGCGAGUCUGUGCCCGACCUGGCGCCGAUGCUGUGGCACUCCUUUGGCACAAUCGCAGCGCUCCUUCAGGAAAUUGUAAAUAUUUAUCCAUCCAUCAACCCUCCAACGCUGACAGCCCAUCAGUCCAACAGAGUGUGCAAUGCUUUAGCUCUACUGCAGUGUGUUGCAUCACAUCCUGAAACAAGGUCAGCUUUUCUGGCAGCUCAUAUCCCUCUCUUCCUGUACCCCUUCUUGCACACAGUUAGCAAGACACGUCCAUUUGAGUACCUGCGGCUCACGAGCCUCGGAGUGAUUGGGGCCUUGGUGAAAACUGAUGAGCAAGAAGUGAUAAAUUUCUUACUGACAACAGAGAUUAUCCCCCUGUGCUUACGCAUUAUGGAGUCUGGCAGUGAACUCUCCAAAACGGUUGCUACGUUCAUUCUUCAGAAAAUCCUCCUGGAUGACACAGGCCUGGCAUAUAUCUGUCAGACCUAUGAGCGCUUUUCCCAUGUUGCCAUGAUACUGGGUAAGAUGGUCCUGCAGCUCUCCAAAGAGCCGUCGGCACGGCUUCUGAAGCACGUCGUCCGCUGCUACCUUCGCCUUUCCGAUAACCCCAGGGCACGUGAAGCUCUCAGGCAGUGCCUUCCUGACCAACUGAAGGAUACCACCUUCGCCCAGGUCCUGAAGGAUGAUACCACCACCAAGCGCUGGCUGGCUCAGCUCGUCAAGAACCUGCAAGAGGGUCAAGUCACUGACCCGCGGGGCAUCCCUCUUCCUCCGCAAUGACUGCUGGGGGAGGUGGGGGACCGGGGAAGAAACAGCUCAGGUUUACAAAGAACCAGGAACAGGUGACCUCUUCUGAAACAAACUGGGCAGGCCAGCUGGCUGCUGGCCUGUUGGCCCACCCCGCCCAGCCCAAGGGCUGCUCUGUAGCAAUGCAGCACGCCUCCGGGGAUCGCAGCACCAGCAAAUGCUGAUAUCACAGCUUCAAAACAAAAAUCAAUAAAAGCAAUCUGUAAUGAUCCCCAUCUCUGCAGGAGGCUUGGCUGGCAUCUCCAGCCCAGCUGCUCCUCCAGCCAGCUCGGCCUCUGCCCCAGCACCGUGCGGCAUGGGCUGUGCAUGCCAUGGCCCUCCGCUUCUUGUUUACACAUCUGUUUAGAUGAGUGAGCUGAAUAAAAGCUGAUCUAGUUCUUUUAUCCCCUCUUAAGACUGCUGCUCAGCUGCAGGUAACCCCAGGCCAGCUUCCUUCCCUCCCAGCAUAUCCUUGCUCUUGGCUCUGUGUCUGGCUGGCGCAGCAAGCUUCAGUCUCCCUUCCUUUGGCACUGAGGCAGUGGCUGGAGCUGGGCCACUGCAGUGCCCUCCCUGAGAGGAAGGGGGGAUUACUUGUGAUGAGCCCUCACGUCAUAAGCUUGCUCCCCAGGCCUGUGGGGGAGGAGGAGGCAGCAGCACUGGGGCUCUUGUGCUGUAAAUAGCGUGCUCCUACAGCUACCCGGCAGCCAGGGGCUAAUGCGUGCUGACCUCCCAGCCAGUGCUGACCCGGGGCGCAGGUGGAACUGCUGGGAGUGCCGUCCUGCGGGCACCAGGUAUAUGCCUUCUGCACCCACCGCUGCUCGCCAGGCGCCUCGCAGCCUGGGCCCCUCCCUUUUCCCGCUGCUCCUGUUCCCCUCUGCCAGGCGGCUGCAUCCCUCUCAGCGUUCAACCCUGCGUUUGCCUCAGCCCCGCCGCAGCGCAAGGGCCGGCAGCGGCUUCCCCGCUCGCACGGCUUCCUGCGGCCGCGGGAGGGAGAGCCGAGGAGCGCUGCUCUGCGCGCCCGCCCGCCCGUGGCUGCAGGCAAGCCCAGGCAGCUCCUCGCUUUCUCCCCCCCCUCCUCGAGUAGCCCAUUUUGCUGAUCAUCUGCUGUGUCGUGCCAACAGUGUCUUAAAAUCCCAUCUCGUUUCUCUUCCCUCCUCCCCUCCCAGCCUUGCGUAACAAGGGCAGAGCACAGCCUCUUCCUUGCCCCUCGGGUUCCUAUUUUAUAACUAUAGCCUUUUUUUCCCCUCCCUUUCACCCUGACCUUGACAGGGUGUGAAAAUGCUUCUGGUUGGUUGGUUUUGUUGGGGUUGUUGGUUUUGGGGUUGGGUUUUUUUUUGUAAGUUCGGAUUAAUAAAUAAUAAAACCCCAGCCAGCA